AUGAGGAUUACAACCUUACUAUUUGUAGUGGCUAUAUCAUUAGCUUCUCCAUUAUCACAAGGAGACACCCAUAGAACUAAUAACCAAGAAAUCAUCGUUAAUAAUAAUAAUAGACCACACUACUCAAUAGUAAACCGAUUUCAUCAGGUUGUAAAUAAGUUUUCACCAGAUCGCCAGCACAAGAAGAGAGCAGACGGAGAUGAAGAAGAAGACGAUGAACCACAAAAUAAUAAUAAUCAACAGACAACCCCAACAGUGGUAGUCGUUACGAGAACGAGUACACCCGCAACAACGUCAACUACUCCUCAAACUACUUCUACAACACCAAGAACAACAGCUGCGCCAACCACAAACACCCCAGCACCGGCCACAACCACUCAACAAACACAACCUACAACCACGACCGCUUCAGCUCCAGCUACGACACCUACUACCACUAGUCAACGUACCACCACUACACCCACCCCACAAGAAGACAAUAGUGAUGACGAGGAUAGUGACAACGAUAGUGAUAAUGAAGACGAAGAAAGACCAACAACAACAACGACAAGUUCAAGUUCAACUUCUACCACUUCUUUAAGAACAGAUCUUCCAGUAUCCACCACCAGUACUUCCGAAACCGUGGAUGAUAAACCCGUGAGUGCAACUUCCAACAACAACCCCCCACCUGCACUCACCGAUGCCAUCCUCGAUAUGCCAACAUUAACGAAUGCCGAUGAUCAAUAUAUGACUUAUGUGAUCCAAAUCCCCGCUGGGCCUCAGGGAAAAGGUACGGAUCCUGAAGAUGAUGGGCUGGUUCAGAAUCCAUAUGUGAGUAUGUCGACCUUGCCUACCAAUACUGUAUUUAUCGUUAUGGGAGCGGUGAUCGCGUUUUUAUUGUUGGCGUUUAUUGCAUAUCAUUUAGUGACUGCUAUGUUGUCGAAUCGGAGGGCGAAGAAAGAGACGGGGGUAUAUCAGUUCAUGAACCAUAAUAGGGUGUUUAAUUCGGAAUUGUUGUCUGAUUAUUCACCAUCGAGUGGAAAUGGCGGUGGUGGUAAUGGCGGAGGUGGAGCAGGUGGAGGUAUGGCUGGAGGGAUGGUUGGGGCGUUUGCUCAUGGAUAUAGUACUUCCGAUAGUAAAUUCACCAGUAGUGAUUCUAGAUCGUUCCAUUCGGGAUAUGGGCCAGUUGGAGGAGGCGGUAGUCAAUAUGAAUAUUCAAGUAAUCAAGGUCGAGCAUAUCGUGAUAAUUUAUUAAAUGUUGGCCAGAAUAAUAAUAAACAAUCAUUAUUUAUUAGUCCAACUUUAGAACUUUCAAAUAAGCGGGCUUCAAGAUAUACUCCAACUCAUUCACAACAUCAAUAUUCAAGAUCGGUGGUUGGGUUAGGUAUGCAUGAUAAUGGAUCAUAUGGGUCUUUAUCAGGGAUGUCUAUGACUAGACCAGGAUAUAGUACUACUAGUGUUCAUAAUCAAUCACCAUUAUCUGAUAGAACUUCCGGUUGGGGAGGUAGUGAGGAGUAUAAUAAUUCUACGGAAUUGGGUAGUAUGCAUGAAAGUCAGACCGUGAUUCCAACAUCUAGAUUAUAUGAUUAUAGAGGGAAUUCGAAUAAUUAUGGCAAUAAUAAUAAUGGUUAUAAUGCUCGAAUGGUCAGUAAUAAUAAUAGUUAUGGUGGACGUCGCCCGCCAAGUCAGACGCUUGAAGAGUUGUUGGAUCAAAGUAGAUGA